AUACGAUUUUCUGCCAAAGAUAACCAAUAAUCCCCGGUUGCAAUAAAAAAUGUCAUAGAAGGGUUAAAACUAAGAAACCGUUGAGUGCCGUGUAUAUUAAUUUGGAGUGUAAAUCACGGUAUUGCAUAGACGAGGAAUUUUUGCAAAAGUGAUGUCGCCGAGUGAUCUGUGAAAAAUGGGGCUUUUAACAGAUCCUAGCUCGGAACAGGGCAGAGCGACAAAACUUUUACUCAGAUUUCACACGAAAAUAUCCGUUUUGCUUUAUUUGACGGGCGUAAUAUGGUUUUGUUCGUUGGCCUAUCCGUCGAUGAAUGCAAGCACGUAUUUCUCAGAAAACGCCCUUCUGCCAGGACUGGUGACCUCCGAAUUUAACGAAGCUGCGGCGGCCGAGAGGUUUCUCAAAGAUUUACACGAUGAAAUGGUUAGGUAUCCGGAUUCGGUGCCUUACUCAUGGUUGUUGGCCAAGUUUGAACAAAUUGGGUUGGACACGUACACUCAUAAUUUCACACUGAACUCUCCCCUGAAACUAAAUGAGAAAUAUACUGGCAAGAAUGUAUAUGGUAUUUUACGAGCACCAAGAGGUUCAAGCACCGAGUCAGUUAUUCUAAGUAUUCCAUAUAGACCUCCAAGUAGUGUGCAUGAAACCACAGCUCCUUCCAUAGCUUUGAUGUUGGCGUUCGCCAAGCAGGCAAGGAGAAAGAACUACUGGGCCAAAGAUAUUAUCUUUCUGAUCACUGAGCAUGAACAGUUAGGUAUGCAAGCAUGGCUGGAAGCAUACCAUGGUGUUUCCAGGGGUGAUGAAGGUGUUUUGGACCAUGGUGAUUUAAGAGGCAGGGCUGGAGCUAUUCAAGCUGCAAUUAAUUUGGAAAUUCAUGAUAAAAAUGUUGGCCAAAUGGAUAUUAAAAUUGAAGGUCUAAAUGGCCAAUUACCAAACCUAGAUCUAUUCAAUCUUGCGACAAAAAUGUGUAUUAAGGAGGGUGUUGUGAACACAUUUAAGGGUCGCACUACUGAAUUUUACACAGAACCUUUUGAUAUAUGGCUCAGCUACUUUAGAACAUUGAUGUCAAUGGUUCUGACACAAGCAACAGGAAUUCCUAAUGGCAACCAUGGACUGUUUCUUCCUUUUGGAAUACAGGCUGUAACUAUGGAAGGCUUUGCUGAGCAGAAAUUCAGGGGUUCUAGAGUUUCAUUUACUGGAAUGGGUAGAGCUUUAGAGGGCAUAUUUCGCAGUUUGAAUAACUUGCUGGAGAGAUUCCAUCAGAGUUUCUUUUUCUACCUGUUGCCGUCUGCUGACAGAUACAUUUCAAUAGGACUUUACAUGCCAGCAGUUAGUUUGAUUGCUGCUGCUGCAAUUAUUAAAGCUUGUGCAAAAUGGUGUAAACUACAAUAUCCUGAUAAAAAUGAAAAAGAAGAAGACGAUGACGUGAGUAUGGUAAACAUCCUUGCACUGUUAGUGUUGGCUCACUUAUGCGGUAUGAUGUUAAACUACGGUCCGCAGUAUUUGAUUCCCAUUUGUGAAUACUAUGACAUUCCAACAAGUACAGGCAUACCAGUUGCUCUGUUUUCCUUCUGUUUGUUGUCACUUUUCAUGUCCUUAAUGGUCGGCUUUCGUUCCUGUAGCAAGAGUAUGACAAUGUUGAGUAUUUUUUCAUUGCUCGAGUUUGGAACUGUUUUAAUAUGCACCUCAAUGACGAACUUUUCGUUGGGAAUGAUUUGUGCCACAUUGUGGACUCCUAUGGUAUUAUUAAUUAACCCCACUACCUGCGUGUAUUAUAGAUUUGUCCAAAGACUUUACUGGUUGCUCCUCCAUCCAGUUAUGAUUUUAUUUGUGGUCGUCCUAGUCAACACGUUUUCCAUGUUUACCGGAGAAAAAGUGAUGGAAAAUGUUAAGAGGGGCGUGGAUGCUACAUCUCAAGCAGUUGUAUAUAGCAUUGUUGAUUCAAUGGUAUAUGGUAACUGGAUGUACACGCUUGUUACCACCAUAUUAAUACCUACUUGGUUGUGUUUCUGGUGCGUGUCUUUUAGUUCUUGUAAAAAGCCACAACCAGCUAAAAUAUAUGCCUCAGAAAAACAAAAACCAACUGCUGAUAAAAAAGAUCAACAAAAGCCAGUAAAAAGUAAAAAAUCUGAAGAGAAGAAGGCAGCAAAAGUUAAAAAGACUAAUUAGUUUAUAGUCCAUUUGUAUCAGUUUGAAUGAUUUUGUAUGUUUUGUAAUGAUUUUAUAUGUAAAUAUGUCUAAAUUCCUGAGAACCUAAAUAAAUUGUCAUAAUAUA